AUGCCAUUAAUUAUCAUCACCGGUUUCCCAUGUAGUGGCAAGAGCCUUCGAGCCCAGCAAUUAAUAGAUUAUAUCAAUGAAAAUCAUCCUGAUUAUGCCGAUCAUAUUCAUCUCAUUAGUGAUCAUAACCAAAUGGUUGAUAGAAAUAAAGCUUACGAAGCUUCAAAUGCUGAAAAAUCGGCUCGAGGCCAUUUAAAAGCCGCAGUUGAAAGGAUAAUUUCAAGCAAGGAAAUUGUCAUUCUUGAUUCAUUGAAUUACAUCAAAGGAUUUCGCUACGAACUAUAUUGUAUUAGCAAGUCUGCCAAGACAACUCAUUGCGUGAUAUUUUGCGCUGUAACGAAAGAUCAAGUAGAAGAUUGGAAUAGUAAAAGAGAUAAUGACCAGCAAUAUCGUAAAGAUAUCCUAGAUGCAUUAGUAAUGAGGUAUGAAGCACCUGAUCCUCGAAAUCGUUGGGAUUCACCUCUUUUUGUAGUUCAGCAACCAUUAUCAACAAAUAAUUUAUUGUUCGAAAUGGAGAAGAUUACCAUGGAUAUGAUCACGAAAUCUUUUUGUACUACUUUAAUCCCUAUUUAUAUUAUAGACAAUAUUCCAACAGCAGAACAAACAUUUGCCCGGUGA